AUGCCUAGAUUGAGGAGACUAGAUGCUAAGUUACUUGGUUUUGGAAGUCCGACUGGUACUGAUGAAGUACCAGUGAGCGAUAUGCCGUUAGACACUGAAGAGCAGGAAGAAUUACUGCAAAGAUUUGAGCUUAUAAACUAUUCAAAGAAUAAAAAGAAUGUCAAUGUUCUAAGUCUGUUAUACUUAUUAUGUGGUGGUAUAUUCCUCAUUAUGGCUACAAAGACGAAGUCAAGAUCUGUGUCAUCUAUUUUGCUCGCAGGGUUUCAAUCUAUUAUAUGUUCAUGUGUCACGUUGAGGUACAAUUUGAUGAAUGACGUUUCGAUUCUUAAAAAACUCAAAUUUAAGGUAAGUAACCGUACAGUUGACAUUCUAAACGGCAUAAUACUGAUAUUAAUACUGUGGGUAAGUACAAGCCACUUUGAAGGCAGUCGAUCUCUACAGUUUCUGUUUCAGAUACCGUUAUUGCUAUUUAUCGUCGCACAGAUGACUAAGAAAUGGACACUUGAACUAGAGAAAGACAUCAGCAGUUUGAGACAACUCAAAUAUAAGUAUAAAAACGUAUGA